AUGGUUAAAAAUAAUAAAUAUGUCAAAGAACCUACAUCCAUUAGACUUCUUCGAUCUGUUGAAGAUUCAGGAACAGCUGAAAGUCGGACUGAGGGAGGUCUAGAACAAUCUUCGUCCGAAUCACUUUGGGGUAUCAUUGGCGGUGGAGGCGGUGGUGGAGGUGGAGGUACUGAAGAUGGUGUGGCAAUAGUUGGAAGUGGAGGUGGUGGAGGAGGAGGAGCUUUAUUUGAAAUCGGAGGUAAAGAAUGUUGGGAAGACGACUUUGCAGACGGAGCAGGGGGCGGUGGAGCUGACUUUGGAGAUGGUGAUUUCGAUGGUACAGAAGACGACUCUCUCCAAGAAGAUGUGGUUGAUAUUGGAGUUUUGAGAGAAGGAGGUGUAGCGGGAGGGGGUGGAGGAGCAGUUCGAAUUGGAGUUCGCGAGGAGAGCUUAAUUUCAGCAUAUUCAUCAACUUGA